CCCCAGCAGCCCCUCCCGAACCGGCCACCUCAGCCCAUUCCCCUCCAUUCGACAGGAGGAAUGGCGGCGCUAGGGUUCCUGGCCUGAGGGCCUUCUCCUGCCUCGGUGCCGGCCGCCGGUCCUCUCCGACCUCCAUCCAUCCCUCUCCGCCUCCUCCCAUCCCCGCCUCCUCCCGGUUCACCCCGUCAGCAACUCAGCGAGAGGGCGAGAAGAUGACCAGCCUCCGCUCGCCUCUAGAUGUCGACGAUCUGCUCUCGGAGAUCCUUCUCCGCCUGCCCCCGCAGCCGUCCUCCCUCCCGCGCGCCUCCCUCGUAUGCAAACGCUGGCGCCGCCUCGCCUCCGACCCCCGCUUCACCCGCCGAUUCCGCCUCCACCACCGCCGCCGCAACCCUCCCCUCCUCGGCCUCUUCACCGAUAGCUACGACAACAGCCCCUUCCUGCCCACCUUGGACCCUCCCAACCGCGUCCCGGAGGACCGCUUCCGCCUGCACUUCGACGAGGGCGACGACGACUUCGUAACCCUCGGAUGCCACCAUGGCCUGGCGCUCAUCCACCACGUGUCGCGGGGCCAGCUCCUGGUGUGGGACCCCGUCAACGGCGACCGGCACCGCGUCCACAUUCCCCCGGGGUUCGCCAACAUCAACGGGGCGGUGCUUCGCGGAGCUGCCCAAGACUUCCAGGUGGUGUUGGUAGGCAGGGACGACCAAGUGCUGGCUUGCGUUUACUCGUCAGAGACUGGCGCAUGGGGUAAUCCCAUCUCAGCGUUGCUCGAGUGCUCGAGCAUGAUUUGUAGGUUCACUCCUGGUCUCGUGGUUGGAGAUUCCAUUUACUGGUCGUUUACUGAUAGUUCAGCCGGCAUCCUUGAGUUUGAUUUGGGUAGGCAGAGCCUAGUUGCGAUACCAUUGCCAGAGGGGGUUAUUGGCCCUAGGUUUAUGCGAGCAGAGGAUGGUGGGCCUGGUUUCAUCUUCAAGAAUGACUGCACCAUCAAAAUCUGGAAGAGGAAGACUGAUAGUGGUGGUGUUGCAUCAUCAUGGAUGCUGGGACGAACUAUUAUUGAACUGGACAAGGUACUCCCCAUGGAAACAUUGGAAGAGGGAAGGCCCCUAGUGCCGCUAGGCUUUGCUGUGGAAAAUAAUGUCGUGGUCUUGGGGACAGUUUUCGGUCUCUACUUGCUCCAGAUUGAGUCAUUGGAGUGCAAGAUGAUUAUGGAAUCCUACUACCUCCAAAACUAUCAUCCAUUUGAAAGUGUCUAUACUGGAGAAACAUGCAUUGGUAGUGGAAACGAAGGUGCUGAACUUUUGCUCGGUGCAUGAGAUGACCAUUCGACUAUCCGAUCUACUGGUUGAGCAGGUGUCUAGAGCUUACAUUACAUUCCAGUGGCUGAGGCUUGUUGGGUGCUUACCGUAGGUUCUUCCAUGUUGUGUGUUCUAUGGAUGAGAUUUACCCGUUAUGUGUAACGUGUAAGAGUUGAUGAAUCGCUUGGGUUGCUAUAUCUAAAUCUUGUGGGCACCGGUCAGCCCGCAUGAAGGCACAUUGAGUUGCUCCGAUUAUUUAGAACUUGUUUCAUUUAACCUGCUUUAUAUGCUUUUCUCCAA